AUGAAGAGGCUUCAUAAUAUUGUUUCUCAUAAUAUGGAGGAUGAAAUUGGUAGCAAAAUGAAAGAUAAAGAAAACUUUCACAACAAUAUGGAAGAUUUGGAGGAAUCUGUGGUGCAAAAUCUUGAAGAAGUAUGUAAGCAGGCUGAUGUAUCUCCAAAAUCAAAAGCAACAGGUGGAAAAAAAGGGAAGAAACAAAUUGAAGGAAAGAGGCAAAUUGUAGCAGAUAUCCAGCAACCUACUAGGGUUGUGCCAAAGGGAACUGCAGCAAGUGAUGAUUGUAUAUAUGAGAGGCUGGAUAGAAUUGGCGUCAACCCGCAGCUUCAGCAGUGGUUUGGUCAUAUUGAAGUGGAGCAUUUAUCUAGGACAGGCUCUGAUCAUGCUCCACUUCUUGUUUUAUUGGGUGAAGAAGCUCAGAAUUUCAUAAAACCAUUCAGGUUUUUAAACUUUUGGACUGAACAUAAAGAUUUUUUGGAUACAGUUAAGUUGCACUGGCCUGAGGAAACUGAAGGCAAUUCUUUUCUGGUUUUUAAGCAGAAGAUCAAGCAAGUGAGGGCAUUAUCCUCAUGGAGUAAACAGGCUUUUUGGGAUAUUUUCAAACAACUUAUUAUAAGGGAGGAUAUAGUGAGAAUCAAGGAGCAAUUUUUUGAAGAAGAGCCAUCUGCUGAAAAUAGAACAGUGUUGCAACUUGCUCAAGCUGAAAUGAAGAAGAGAAAAAGACUGCAAGUGAAUAGAAUUCAAGAUGCUGAGGAAGAUUGGAUAGAAGAAAAGGAUCAGCUAGCAGCAAAAGCAGUUAGUUUUUUCCACAAACAGUUCACUCAAAAGGAGGAAAUCUCAGACUUUGGCAUGUUGAGACAUAUCCCUGGUAUGGGAGAGAGUGCUUGUGGUCCUGAUGGUCUAUCAGGAGCUUUUUUUCAAUCAUGUUGGAAAAUUGUAAGUCUGGAUGUAUUCAAAGUGGUUAAAGCAUUCUAUGAAGGGCAUACUAUUCCAAAAUCCAUCACUCAAACUAACUUGGCGCCGAUUCCUAAGAAAUCAGUAAUUCAUACUUUUGCCGAUCUGAGGCCAAUUAGUUUGAGCAACUUCAUUAAUAAGGUAAUAUCAAGAGUGGUGAAUGGAAGACUAGAUAAAAUAUUGCCUGAGCUGAUUUCUAGUAACCAUUCUGGUUUUGUGAAAAAAAGGAGCAUUAUUGAAAAUGUACUGCUUACUCAAGAAAUUGUUACACCUAUAAGAAAAAAAGGCAAACCUGCAAAUGUGGUGAUUAAGUUAGAUAUGGCUAAGGCAUAUGAUAGGGUGUCAUUGUUGUAUUUAACUAAGACAAGGGGCGUGAAACAAGGUGAUCCACUAUCACCUGCUCUUUUCAUACUAUCUGCUGAGGUGUUGUCUAGAGCACUUAACUCUUUAUUUGAUAAUGGGCAAUAUAGGUGCUUUGGAAUGCCUAAAUGGAGCGCCAAUUUGAGUCAUCUUGCUUGUGCAGAUGAUACUAUAAUUUUUGCUUCAGCAGAUAAACUAUCAUUAGAAAUGACAAUGGAAGUUUUGAGAGAUUAUGAAAAGGAGGUUGAGCAAAUUACUGGUUUCACUAGAGGCAUGUUCCUAUUCCAAUAUCUUGGAUGUCCUAUAUUCCACACCAGAAAGAGGAAAUUGAAGAAAGGGGGUUCACAAUUAUGGAAGAAGAUGCUAGAGGCAAGAGAUGCAAUAGAAAAAGAAAUCUGGUGGGAACCAAGAAAUAGGACUAGUAACUUUUGGUUUGACAAGUGGACCAAUCUAGGACCUCUUACUCAGAUUAUGCCAACAAAUUUUCCAAUGGAUAAUAGUAUUCAGGAGGUUGCAGAUGUGAUGGUCAAUGAGAAAUGGAGUUAUCAAAUAUGGCAGCAAACUGUGCUAGAAGAUAUUGUUGAUCAUAUCAGAAAUGAAUUACAUAUUGAUACUCUUUCUGAAGAAAAAGACAAGGACUAA